CGGCGAGGCGCCGGCCAGGCAACACACCCCCCGGGACCCGACCGACCAUGGCGCCGUGUAGCUCCGCGCGCCGAGGCGAACGUCGGCACGCAGCCCCGCACGCGAAGCACGUGACCGUCACCGUCACGUGACAGCCGCGCGGCUCGGCGUGACAGCGAGGCGUGACGUUAGCGGCGAUCGGUGGGGAGACUAUAGCCCAGCGACCUAACUGCAGCGGCGCGAGAGGCAUCAACAGGGGUCGACCUGGCGGCCCUGCGACUCAACAAGGGCAACAUGAGAGGCGGCCUGGCGCUGGCCUCCUCGCCCUCCGCCGCCCCAGACCAGCGCCCCGGAGUCCAGGGCGACCCAGCCAGGGACGGCCUCGGCCGCCACCAUGGGAAGAUGGGGGCCGGCGGCUCGUCGGAGGCGAGCGUGCCCGGCGGGCCCCCGGUCGCAGGGUCGGAGCCGGGGGCCGCGGGGGCCGCGGGGGGCGGCGCGCAGUGGGGCGCCUUCGUCGUGCUCCUGUUCCUGGGCCUGCUCGUGGCCUACUGCUGCUGGGGCGCGCCCUGCUGCCGCGGCUGCUGCUGCCGCCCCAGGAAGAACUCCGCGGCCGCGGCGCACCCCCGCGCCCACGAGGACAGUGGGGUCCAGGCCGAGGACGCCCUGGGCUCCGUGUGCACGCCCACCAUCAUCCUGCUGCCCCAGGGACGCAUGCUGGUCGUUGACGGCGCCGUGCUGAGCAGCCUGCAGGCCGACGCGUCCGGCCUGGACCUGAUCCGGCUCGGCGAGAACCUCGUCCGCGCGCAGCGGAGACAGGUGAGCAAGGGCAAGCGCACGAGCACGGACCUGGUAUAA